GGAGGAUUAAAGUACACAGAGAGCCAGUGGAUUGUGUCUGCCAAUCUGGAACCGCAUUGAAUGGAUCGCUCCUCCUGAGCCAGGCUCGCUGGUCCCAUAGGGAAGCCUCUGAUCCUCCCCAACCACCCAGCCCAGCUGUCACUGUCUUCUUCGGACUGCGAAACAUGGGGGAGAUCCCUAACCUGGUGAAGAUCGCUGUCUCGCUUAAAAUCCAGCCCAAUGACGGUCCUGUGUAUUUUAAGGUGGAUGGGCAGAGGUUCGGCCAGAACCGAACAAUCAAAUUACUAACGGGAGCUAAAUAUAAAAUCGAGGUCGUUCUCAAACCAGGAGCAAUCAGGGCAAGGACAUUGAAUUUAGGUGGAGUGAUUAUACCAUUGGAAGAAAAGUCCAGGGACCCCCAAGUAGCCUGCUACACAGCAUUCUAUGAUACAGAGGGGGUGACCCACACAAAAAGUGGGGAGAGGCAACCUCUUCAAGUCAUUAUCCAGUUUGAUGACAUUGGGAACUUUGAGACCGUAUGGCAAGUUAAGUUCUACAACUACCACAAAAGAGAUCACUGUCAAUGGGGCAACAGCUUCAGCAGCAUUGAAUAUGAAUGCAAACCAAAUGAGACACGUAGUCUGAUGUGGAUCAACAAAGAGAUGUUCCACUAAUGGUCCACUGAAUCACCAAAGCUGGACAAUCUUGUGGGGAUGCCACUUUAACCAGCAUGAAAAA